AUGAGGCCGCCAAAUCUUUGGCUUUCGUUGCUAAAUUUCUUCUUCUGUUUUUCGCUUGCAAAUGGGCUAAAUGUGAAAAAUAUCGAUGAAUGCGCGCAAACGCUGGGCAACACCCUUUUGGAGACGUUCAAUCGAGCGACUGGAGCUGAGAAAGUCCCUACGUAUUACGGAAACGUUGCCCGAGUCGAGAAAUUCGAUCCACAAGUGGCGAUUGAAAAGGCGAAGAUUUCUAUUGAAAAGUAUUUAGCGAGAAGAGCAAAAUUUGCAUAUAAUGCAAAGCUAUCGCUCGAGUCGAGAAAGCUGGGACGAGGCUUUGAGGAGGAGGUAAACAACCCGGAAUCAAAGCAUUUCAUCCGCUAUAUGAGCGCGAAAACGGGCGGUGAUGGUGGAGCGAUUUUCAAACAAGUGCAAAAUCUCAGCAAAGAGGUCGCCUACAAUGCGACAAAAAACUUUGUGAUGCAACCGAAUGUGAAUUUCUAUUUCCUGAACACAUCCUCGUUGGCGUCCGCCGUUCAUUUACCCACUCCGAUCUAUGAUCGAGCUCCCGAACUCUUGAGAAAAAUCGAAUGGUCAAAUAUCGAUCAAGUCUAUCGGAGUAAUCGAGAGGAGACAAGAGAUCUCGCAUUUCAGCUUUUUUGCUCGGAGGCCGGCUUUAUGAGAUAUUUCCCAGCAGCUCCAUGGUUUUGGGACCACGAGACGGACAAGGAAACGCUGGAUUUGUUUGAUUGCAGGAAUACGGAAUGGUACAUCAACGGAGCGACUCGCUCGAAAAACGUUUUGAUCAUGCUAGACAUGAGUGGAUCGAUGCUGGGUCAACGCUACGAAGUGACCAAGUUGAUUAUCGAAGCCAUACUUGAGACUCUUUCGCACAACGAUUUCUUCAACAUUUUACCGUUCUCUCGAAACGCAAAUUUUCUUGAUGAGGAGUGCUCGGUGAAGAACCCGAUGCUCCAGGCAACGAUGAGAAAUAAAAAAUAUCUUCGAGCUUUUAUGAAUAACGUUACUUCGAAGGGAGAAGCCUCGCAUGCAGAUGCAUUGAAUAAGACUUUCGCUAUACUCAAAGCGCUCGAGAGCAACGAUGAGAACGAGUAUGGAUGUGAGAGUGUGAUCAUGUUGAUAACUGAUGGAAUUCCUGAGGAUCAUCGUGAGAUGCUCGAAGCGAAUAACACUGACAAAAAGAUCCGCUUGUUCACAUUCUUGAUUGGUGAGGAUGCAAUCAACGAGAAAACCACUGUAAUCAAUAUGGCAUGUCAGAAUCGAGGCUACAUGGUGCACAUUCAGAGUAUGGCUGAUGUUGAGGACAAGAUACAGAACUACAUCCGCGUGAUGUCUCGACCGUUGGGCGCUCAUCAAGACGAAAUCGAUGAGGCUAGUCAAAUGUGGAGUGGAGUAUACCGGGAGAGAUUGUAUUUACCUCGUCGAGAGCGCUUCAACGAGCCGAUGCCCGUCAACAACCAAACGUUCACCUACAUGAAUCGGCUAGCUUCGAAGAGAAAAUAUCGAAUGAAAAAAGCUGAGGCGAGAAGUCGAAUGUUCGUCACAACCGUUUCCUAUCCAGUGAUUCUCAAUCAAACAUUUAUGGGAGUGGCGGCAGUGAACAUCCCAUUGACGGAGUUGAAUCAACUGGCACAUCCGACAGAGAUUGGCGGUAACAGCUACUAUUUCAUGCUUGACUACAAUGGCUUCGUCAUGUUUCAUCCACAGCUACGACCCAUUCACAUGAAAACGAAACUCCACAAGCAAAACUACAAUAAUAUGGAGAUGCACGAGUUGGAAGUUGGACAAAAUGGAACAUUUAAAAAAUUCACGUUGAGCUGUGGUGAUGGGAAAUCGCAGACACUCGAUGUUCUCUUUGCAUCGGAUAUGGUGGAUCGAGUUUACCCACAAACGAUGACUUAUUACUCAGAAUGUAUCAAUGGAUCGGAUUUUGUGCUUGGACUCGCUGUGGCUAAAGGUGAUGAAUACCGAAUCAACAGAGGCUUAAAGUCGUACAACUACGGUGGGGUUGAGCUUGAUUGGACCGAACAAGGAGAAUGGCAUCUUCAUCCAUAUUGGCGUUACUGUCUCCUCAACGACACGGACAAUCAGAUCAGCAAAGAGAACGCUUUCGCCAGUUACCUCAAACAGAUGAAACAAUCCGGAAAAUUGCCUGAACUUUGCAAACCGAGACAGUCUCUCGUUGACGAUCUUAUUCUCGAUUUGGAAGCAACAGCUCCAUUGUACAAUGUUUGGCAAAAGGAGAAGAGCUACAUGAAAAAAAAUCUCAUCCAUCUCACCUUCUUCUCAAUGCAAUCCGGCCUCAUUCGUUUCUACAAUUAUACACUGAAACCAUUUUUGUACGAUGAGAAAAACUAUGACAAGUUCAACGUCAUGCAAAUGACUCAGGGGAAAAAUCUGCGACCUGAUGAAGUUCGAUUCCAAGAAACUUAUCAGCAUUUCAUCCUUGACAACAAUCGAAAAUCGGUCGAGGAUCGGUAUUUCCGACGAUCGAUUCGACAGAAGAGCAAGAUCGUUUUUGAUAUCAAUAAUCAGACAAAAUUGUGGUACCCGAUGGGUGAGACGAAAUCCGCGUAUGGGAAUCUCGAAAAUGUCACUCUGCUUGGCCAAGCGACAAAGGCGCUUUACAAGGAGAAUGCUCUUCUUGGCGUCAUCGGUUUUGAGUUUGUGAUGGAUUGGCUUGUGAAUAUUAUGACAGAACACGGAUGUCCACCAUCGGAUUGGCAACAUUGGUGUGUGCUGUUGGACGAGAACGGCUACGUCGUCUACAGUAAUGAGAUCACCACCUCCUACAAAAACGCUUACAUGGAUCUCCGUGGAGGUGAUUCUCAUUUGGGAAUCUUUUUCGCUCACAUCAAUCGAGUCGCUGAAAGGGCUAUGGAGUUGCUUGUCAAGAGUGGAUUCUACAAAAAGUACAUCUACUACGAUCACCAGGCCACUUGUCGAAAACCAAAAACGAUCACCAUGAGCAGCACGAUGAUGAAACCAUUUCACACAAUUUUCCGGUGGUUUUUGAGGACUUUAAGCUCUUUAAUCUACUCGGCCAAAGAGCUUUCACUUUUCCCGUUCUUUCACGCAUUUGUCGGAACGACUGAAGGUUAUGCUGCUUCAUUUCAUACCGGUCAUGAGGGUUUCCCGUGCACAAAGGAAAGUCCAUUCUAUUUUGCGCAAAUGGAGACGAAAUUUCGAUCGGCCGAUCUCGUCGAUGGAGGACAAAUUGAGAAACCUUGUACGAACACAAAGUGCCGUGUUCGAAUGCAAGCCCGACAUGUGCCAAACACAAAUCUGAUUAUGGUGUGGAUCACGCAAGCGCCGGGCUCCAAAAAUUGCUACGACGUCUCCACUUGUCCUCUCGAGGACCCAAGUCCGGUUCCAUUCAUUUGGAAAAGCACGAUUCACAACAACACCGAGACCAAAUGUCGUCACGUUCGCUCGGAUCGGUCGAAUAAGAAACGCCGGUGUUUUAGUCGAGAUUAUGACGAAACGAGUCUCCCUUGUCACUCCGGUGUUGGCGCUUGGGGAGCCGGUCUCUUCAUCAUCACUUUUGGAGCUAUUUUCCGAAUUUUUAUGAUU